AUGCGCCAGCCGAUUUUCAAUGAGGCUAGAGCGAGUUUACGCAUAUCGGCGCAUCUGAGCUCAUCCGUACCUAUCUGUCUUUGUCAGUUUCGGCCUCCAAGUGGUGUUGCAAGUGAUCAGGCGCGUACGACAGCUGAUUUCUCGUCCGACGUUCGCUACGACGUUAUCCGUGACUUUGUUGGCGAGAAGCACGGCAAAACUCAUUUGCCUCGACAAGUGUAUCGUCCGUGUAACGUGGGUAUGAUUGGGAAAACAAAUGCAAGCGGAAUGUGGAAAUUCCACAACUAG